GAGGUGAAAAGUUACAAAUUAAAGGAUUAUUCAAAAAGGAAAUGGUACUUUUCUUACAGGAGCGCCGUUAUUUUUGGUAAUGGUGACUGGUAAGUGCUGACAAAUUAUGAGUUGUCUGACAGUACCAGUGAUACAGAAGACACAAACAGAUAUUUGUUGCAUUUUCUUCCUUCUCUCUAACUGUGUGACACAGAGAGAGAGAGAGAAGUAGAAUCCAAAAGGAAGUGAAUUGUGUUUGUUGUUAGAAAAGUGCAAUGGAGAAAGCAUUAACCACAGUAGGGAGCUUGAAAUCAAGUACAUUUUGGGUUUCUAAGAAAGCUAAACAAGAGAUCUCCAACAUCUCUAAUGACCUCUCUAAUCUGUCGAGCACUGUUGAAGAAAAGGCAAAAUGGAUUUUCAACAAGCUAAAAGGCAAGCCUACAAAAUCUUUGCCGGAUCUCCUGCGAGAAUACAACCUGCCUCCUGGUCUUUUUCCCCAAAACAUAAUAUGCUAUGAGUUUGACCAGUCGAAUGGAAAGCUCAUUGUCUACCUGCCAUCAGCCUGUGAGGUCUGCGUCAAGGAUUCAUCUGUUAUGCGGUAUGCUACUCGCGUCAAAGGAACUCUGUCAAGGGGAAAGCUCACUGGGAUAGAUGGAAUGAAGACCAAGGUCUUGGUAUGGGUCAAAGUCACGAGCAUCAACGUUGAGAGCUACAAGUCCGAUAAGGUGUGGUUCAAUGCCGGAGUGAAGAAAUCAAGGUCCAAAGAUGCAUAUGAAAUGCCUCGUGAUGCUGUUAAAGUUGAAGAAUUUUGAGGUUUCGACAAAAAGAACGUAAAUAUAUCAAAUUUUAAAUUUUUUGGCGAAGUUGAUGAUGGAUUAAUGGUCCUUAAACUGCUGUUGUUAUGAUUUAGUUCACUGGUAUAUUCAACUUAUAGAGCAAGCAAUGUGCAUGUUCAUAGAUGAUACAUCUACUAGACAUUUUUAGCCCCCUCAGUAAUUGCUUUUUUGUCUUGUGA